AUGAAACCAGGAAACCACAUGAGUAUUUCAGAAUUCCUCCUCCUGGGCCUCUCUGCACAGCAGGAACAGCAGCUCCUCAUCUUUGGCAUCUUCCUGGUCAUCUACCUGGUCACCAUGGUAGGGAAUAUUCUCAUCAUUAUGGCAAUUGGCUCUGACCCACACCUCCACACCCCCAUGUACUUCUUCCUGGCUCACUUCUCCAUCACUGACCUGUGUUUAUCAUCUACUACAGUCCCCAACAUGCUGGUGAACAUCCAGUCUCACAGGCACACUAUCACCUAUGCUGGAUGCUUGUCUCAGAUCUAUUUCUUCAUGUGGUUCCUUGGACUAGAUGUGUUCCUCCUGGCUGUGAUGGCUUAUGACCGGGUAGUGGCCAUCUGCUACCCUCUUCACUAUACCUUGGUCAUGAAUCCGAGAUGCUGCAUCUUCCUAGUGGCUAUGUGCCUAGUCCUUACACAUUCUUAUUCUCUAACUCACACCAUUCUCCUGGCUCAGUUGUCCUUCUGCAUGGACAAUGUUAUUCCUCACUUCUUUUGUGAACUACUUCCCCUAUUGAAGCUCUCUUGUUCCAGUACAUAUGCCAACCAAUGUGUGCUGAUAUACUGGGGAGGGGCACUAACAAUCUUGAUUCCAUUAAUAAUCAUCAUUUCCUAUGCCUGCAUUGUGGCCACCAUUGUAAGAGUCCCAUCAGCAAAUGGGAAGUGGAAGACCUUCUCCACCUGUGGGUCUCACCUGUCAGCAGUUUGCCUGUUCUUCGUGUCUGCUAUUGGAGUAUACUUCAUCCCAUCUGCUGCUGAUUCAACCAGAAAGGACAGGAUUGCAGCAGUGAUGUAUUCUGUGGUGACCCCCAUGCUGAAUCCAUUCAUCUAUAGCCUGAGAAACAAAGACAUGAAGAGUGCCUUGGGAAGAUUCCUAAGCAGGAAAGCACUGAAAGUUCCAUGA